UCAUGGCGCCGUACUCAAAGAAAGUUUGAUAUCGCGGCUUCGUCAACCAUUCGUUUGUUGUGACGCCCUUCAACUAAGUGGCCUGUUUUGUCCGUAACAUUGGAAAAUAGAAAAUGUGACAUGGCACAGACACCUUCUCUCUUUCCUGCGUAUGCGACUACGAAGGCAGCAACUUCGGAGAGUGACGCCAAGCCGACGUUGUUCCAAAGUUUCAGUUCAUCAACACCGGGCACCUCGGACAGAUCAGCAGCUACAGAGAGUGGGCUUCCGGAUUGGCUCUGCAAUGUCAGCUAUGAUCCCGCUCUUCAGGACCUGCUCAGGACACACGAGCAUCAACAGGAAUGAGAAAGAAGUUUCAUCGCAAAGUGAAGAAUCGGACGGUGAAACCCUGCCAGAGAGCCUGCUGUCCAACGAGAAGAGCUUGCCAAGUGAGGAAAGACAAGCCAAGCUCAGGGCCCCAAGGAGGAGUGCAUAAGAAAGUUGUUGAGGCAACUGAAGAGGCUGUUCCUGAAGGGAAAAGGCGCUUCCGGUUUCUGUUGGGUGUUGCUGGAGAAGAGCGCUUCUGUGUGGACCCCAAGCCCAAUCGCAGCCUUCUAGCCUUUGGCUGCCUGCCUUUCAACGAGCUGGCGGUGUUUCCUAGUGGCUGGCGAUGUGAUACUAUACCGUUGGAGGCCUGGGGAGGUCGUCGAAAGAAGGUGCUCCGCUACUGGCACCCCAAGGCCUUCCCAUCUUCCUGCGUGGCCAACCUUGCCCAGCCAAGGCUGUCCUUCGCUCACAGUGAACGCAACUUGGUGUAUGUGCCUUUGCGAGACCCUCGAGCCCUACCUCGGACAGCAGAUGUCGACGGUGUUGACCCCCUGCGCAUCCACGAUGCUUCAACCCGUAACUAUUUGCAAGGGCUUGGGGCACAAGAAGGCACGGAGCAGCAGCCAACCACAGAGCUGCUCUCCCUUCUUUGUCCUGAAGCGGCAGACAAGCACCGCAUGCUCACCCGUCGACUGCGUGAAGCACCAGAAGACGAGCGUGCCUGGUUGGACCUGGUUGCCUUUCAGGACGAGUAUGUGGCGGCCAUGGAGGAGGCCUCCGGAGUGUGCCGCACUGUCGGCCGAGCCAAGGCGAUUCGGGAGAAGAAGCUGCAGGUGCUGGAGCAGGGCCUCCUCAAGACAAAGGGAUCAGUGCCCCUGCACCUCCACAAGAUACAGGUGCUGUUAGAAUGUGGUGAGGAGAAUCGUGCAGUAAAGGCCUGGGAGGAGCUGCUGCGGGUGCACCCAGGAAAUUCUCGCCUCUGGCUGGAGCACGCCCGCUUUCUUCAGUCAGAGACUACGCUGUCAGGCUUUGAGGUAGCUGCGGCCAGCAAGGGCUACCUGCGGGCCCUGGCCUGCUUCAGAGACAUGCUCGAGGGGCGGCGGGCAACCCGCAGGGAGCCCCUCGAGGUCGAGAGAAACAUUGUAGAGGUGGCGCGCCAGUAUGGAGUGUUUCUCUGCCAGGCUGGCCUGUGGGAGCGGGCAGUGGCGACUUUCCAGGCCCUGGCAGAGCUGAGCUUGUGCUGUCCCUCGCAGCUGAGGGAGGGCCCCCUGAACGAGGCCCUGGCCCUGCUGGAGCCAUUCUGGGACAGCGGUGCCGCUCGCUUUGGGGACCGAGGUGCCCGGGGCUGGGACCAUCUCAUGCGACUCAGUGGGCAAGCUGCUUUGGAAGCGGCCACGGCGCGACAUGGCACUGAAGCUGAAGAUUGCCAGCAGCUGGAAGACGACAUUUUAAGCCGACAGACAGGCUUGGCUGAUGCAUGGCUGCGGCUUGAGAGCCUUCGGGACUUGCACCAGUGGCAGCCAUACCGACCCGAGCUCUCCUCCGAGGAAGUGACAUCGGAAGACCCCGAACGCAUGGUGCUCUUCGAAGAUGUGGCACCCGCUUUGUUCCGGCUGCGGCAGCCAGCUGCAAUGGUGCAGCUGUUCCAGGCCUGGUGCUCUCUCCUACUCGGGAUGGACCUGCAUAAUAGCCAGACUGGCUUCAGCCUUGCAGAAGCUGACUGCUUUGAGCGGCUGCCAGGUAUUAACCUGAAAAUGGCAACACACUUCAGUCAAGUACUGAGCUUCCCAUCGGGCUGGGAAGUACGGCAAGGCGUCGCUGACUUUGUCCAUGAAGUUCUGAGUCAAGCCAAGCCACACUUUGUGGAUCCCACCCUUUGUGAUGAGCUAGCACGGUUGGCACUCCAGUUGGCACGUUUGGCCACAACGUGGGAUUCCCACAAGCGCAAGAAGUGUGCCAAAGCCUGGCUGGCAGAUCCAGGCUCUGAACGAAAUCUCGAUUUGUGGACCGAUUACGGCCUCUUGCUCAUCGACCUGGGUCAGCCAAAGGAGGCUCUGGCCAUCUACGAAAAGGCCCUGGAUACGGUUUCACAGCCCGGGGCAUUGGCAAGUUGCCGCGGUGACAUGUGGCUUCUGUUUGCCACAUACUUCAAUCUACGCAUGGGGGUCCUUUGGCCCGAGGAAGAGGUAGCAAUUAUGGAUACAAAGCCAUUCGAUCGUGACCAAGCGCUGUUGGCUCUCUCUUGGUUUGACUCUGGACGCAAAUUUCGGGAAGUGCUUUCAAGUCGGCUGCAGCCGUCAGCACUUCUCAGGGCCAGUGCUGCCAUCGACAACCGGUGCAGCGAUCCUGCUGGCCGGACUGCCGGUGCUGUAGAUGUGGCCCUCUGGAUGAAGCUUUUCUCUUCGGGUUUCAGUGCUGUGUCUACGACUGUGAGCAAAUGGCUUGACGAUUGCACUAAGGAUAAGGGUGAAAGGAACACACGGAUGGCAGUGCACGCUGCCUUUGUACGGAUUUGCAGCUAUCAAGUGCAACACUGCAAUGCCCGGAGGGCUACUCUCUGUGGAGCCCUAUUGGGGGCUCUUGAGGAUGUUCCCGAUGCCACCUGCUUCAUGCGGCACUGGGUGUCACUGUCCAAUGGAUCCCUGGGAGCUUUGCAUGCGCGCAGGUACCUAGACAGCCUGGUGCAGAAGGAUUGCUCACCCCUGGCUUGGCUUGUAGCGCUCUGCUUUGAGCUGCAGAGGGCCCAGCUGUUGACCAAGUAUCGCACACCCGAUGCUAGCUUCACCUUGCCGAGCUGCCGCAACCACGUGCGGCGAGUUUUGGAGCGGGCCAUUGAGCUGGUUUCCCACAGACGCUGCCCUCUUCUCUGGAGGCUCUACAUCGAGCUAGAGCUGAGGCUUGGGGCCAGAGAAUCGGCAAAGGCAAUCUUUUACAGAGCUCUUCAGUGCUGUCCUUGGGCUAAGGUGCUGUACGUGGACGGUGUGCGCUACUUCCCUGAGUGCCUGCAAGAGGUGGUCGACAUGUUGGUAGAGAAAGGUAUCCGGCUUCGUGCACCUCUCGAAGAACUGCAGCUUCUCCUUGACCAUGCGGGACAACCAUCUACAGUCUAGUCUGACUAUGCUGUAAAAAGUAAAGUAUGUUUUUUUAUACAAAA